AUGAAUAUUCAAUUAGAUGAUUUAAUUGCAAUGGUUGGUGAAGAAGACUUUAAAGAAAUGUUAUUUGAAAAACCAGAAAUUGUGAUACCAUCAAUAGAAUAUGCUAUGCAUUACGUAGUCUUACAUUCAGCUUCUGAUCCAUCAAAAAUAAUGGACUGUAGAUGUAUUGUUCGAGUCCAAAUACCAAAACCAACAUCUACAAUUAAAGAACUAAAAGCAUCGUCUAUAGGUAAAUUAAUUUGUAUUAAAGGUACUGUUAUUAGGGCAAGUUCAAUUAAACCUCAUCUUGUGUCAAUGGUGUUUUGUUGUAGUACUUGCAAAGCAAAUAAAGAAGUAACUUUUAGAGAUGGAAAAUACACUGAACCAAAAAAAUGUCAUUUAUGUGGAUCAUCAAGUUUUAUUCCAAUGAGAAAUACUGUAAAAAUAACUGAAACACAACGAAUUAGAAUUCAAGAAGUUGAUGAAGGUGAAGGAAGAAUUCCAAGAAGUAUUGAAAUUGAAUUAGUUAAUGAAUUAGUUAACACGUGUGUACCUGGAGAUACUGUUAUUGUCUCUGGAAUAUUAAGAAGAAAUGACUCAAUUACAAAACAAUUUAAAAGAAAAAAUAAAGACCAAACAAUUUAUGAACCAUAUAUUGCUGUUAAUUACUUAGAAAAUUGUCGUGCAGAGACUGGAGAUAGAGACAUAACAGAAUUUUCUGAAAAAGAUAUGAAGUUUAUUGAAAUAUUAAAAGAAAAAAAUAAUUUACUUAGACUACUUGUUCAUUCAUUGUGUCCACCAAUCUAUGGACAUUAUAUAGUUAAAACAGCAAUUGUGUUAGUAUUAUUUGGUGGAACAAGAAAACAUGAUAUUGCAAAAAUUCGGGCUGAUUCUCAUUUAUUAAUUGUUGGAGAUCCUGGACUAGGUAAGUCUCAAAUGCUGAGGGCAGUCGCAAACGUUGUUCCAAGAGGUGUUUAUGUAUCUGGAUCUUCUACCACUAAAACAGGAUUAACAGUAGCAUUACACAGAUAUGCAGGAACAUCAGAUUUUACAUUAGAAAGUGGUGCAUUAGUACUGGGAGAUCAAGGAGUUUGUUGUAUUGAUGAAUUUGAUAAAAUGGAACGAACAGACUAUUCAUCACUACUGGAAGCUAUGGAACAACAAUCAAUUUCUAUUGCUAAAGCAGGUAUUUGUUGUACACUUCCUGCAAGAACUUCAGUAAUUGCUGCAGCAAAUCCAGUUGAAGGUCAUUUCAAUUGUGGCAAAACAGUUUCAGAAAAUAUUAAUAUGCCUUCACCAUUAUUGUCUCGAUUUGAUUUGAUUUUUGUUUUAGUCGAUAACCCUGACGCUGAGGCAGACAAAGAAUUAUCUAACCAUAUUAUUAAAAUGCAUUCUGGGAAAAAUAUUCAAAGGAAAUAUAGUCAACUAUCAAUUUCUCAAAUCUCUUCAACUGGAACCACACAAGCCACAAAUGGAAGAAUUAGUCUUAGAGAUUAUUUAAGUGAUCAUAGUGUUGAGAGUUCAGACCCACUACCACCAAGACUAUUUCGAAAAUAUCUUGCUUAUGCAAGAGCUAAUAUUCAUCCUCAACUAAACGAAGAAGCUAAGUUAGAACUACAACAUUUUUAUAUUGAACUAAGACAGUCUUAUAAAGAAGAUGAUGACACUCCAGUAACAACUCGUCAAUUAGAAAGUUUAAUUCGAUUGACUGAGGCAAGAGCUAAAGCAGAAUGUAGAGAAAUUGCAACAAAGGAUGACGCGUUGGAUGUGAUAGAAAUAUUUAAAAUAGCAAGUUUAACUGGAUUAGGUGGUAUCUCAAAUUCACCUGUUAUUGAUUUUAGAGCUAUGGGAGGUGUUCGUGGAGGUAAAUCAAAGAUGCUCAAGAGUUUAAUGCGUGUAUUCCAAACAGAGGCAAAGAAAAAAAAUAGCAAUAUAUUAACCAAGAGUGAAAUUCAACAAAUUGCAAGUCAAUUACAUGUUCCAGAUAUGCAAGAUCUUGUUGAUCAAUUAAAUAAUGAAGGGUUUUUAUUAAAACAAUCAGGGGGAUAUAAACUGGCAACAGGAAUGUGA